UGGUUUUCUGGUUCUAAUUUUACCCGAUUUCUUUGAUUGGAGCAUAAGCGAGGACCCACAUGGGGUUGCACUGUUGAUUCCAGUAAUGCUGCCAGAUGGUAAAUUACGGAGGGCCGGAAAUAAAAUGCCGCCCUGACAGACGGUAUUCUCAUCCUCCUCAAAUGCCGUCGACGCCCACCGCCGCAGGUCCAAAUCCGGUCUUCCCCACACAAGCCAACCUCGUCGCUUUCACAACGCCCACGCUCAAAAUUCCCUUCUUUUGUCCUCCUCGAACCGAUCCCACUUGCAUCUUCUUGUGUUCCUGGCUAGAGAAGUAGGCGGAUCAGUCGGUUCUCUUAUUUUAGGUAAAUUUCUGUUCAGAGCAAGGAUGGCUUUUUCGGUUUCUGGUCUAUCGGAUUCUGUCAGUCGGUUCCUCUUUUUCCUCAAAUUCAUAGCUUUGUCAAACUUUUUGAAUUUUGAACCCUCGUAUGCCCCCAAAGCAACGUUCUUUUCUGGUUGAUUUGAGGUUUUCUUGCUUAAUCUUGCCUUGUGCGCUCGGAAAAGUUCUCUUCCAUUCCGUGCAAUGUGAUGGCUGGGGACCGAAGCUGAGUGGAACCUUACACAAAAGAAUGGAUUUUUCAACGGUUCAGGCGACGCAAAGAAAAUUCUUAAUGUCAGCAACAGUGGCAUGGAAGUUCUUUGAAUCUUGAUCCAAAGAACGUCCGUUGAUAUUAGCAGAGUGGAAAAGGGUAGAAAGAAGGUUGCUUUUUUUGGGGUGUGCUAUAGAGAUAAUAUGGAGUCACUGUGGAAGCUAACUUGUUUGCUUGAACCGGGAUCCCUCGCUCUCAUUGGGACAGCAAUCUUAGUAACCUUUGUAUCGGCUUCUCGAGCUCUGGAUCACGGCAAAGAAAUGCAGAAAAACCUGAAUUUCUCAGAGGCAUCGAUAACUUUGGACCGGUCCCAAGCUGUCAUGAUUCCCCAUGCUAGUUCUUGUAGUCUUCUAUUGAUGUUCUAUCUUUUCUCAUCUGUGUCCCAACUUAUCACUGCCUUUGUGGCUGUCGGCACAGCCUCCGCACUCUACUUCUGCCUUAUCCCGUAUGUUGCUUACGUCAAAUCGCGGUUUGGUGUGGUUGAUCCAUUCAUCUUGCGGUGCUGUUCCAAGUCUUCGACACGAAGCCAGGGAAUGUUCCUGCUGUUUUCUAUAGGAAUUGUGGCAGCUUGGCUUGUCACUGGGCAUUGGUUGCUGAGCAAUCUACUGGGGAUAUGCAUAUGUGUUGCAUUUGUUAGCCACGGACGACAACCCAACAUUAAGAUAUGUUCUUUGCUUCUUGUCUGCUUGUUUCUGUAUGACAUAUUCUGGGUCUUCCUCUCGGAGAGGUUCCUCGGAGCAAAUGUUAUGGUUUCAGUUGCAACACAAAAGGCAUCUAACCCACUUCACAAUGUGGCAACAAGCUUAAGCCUUCCAGGAUUGCAGCUGAUUACAGAGAAGUUGGAGCUGCCUGUUAAAGUUGUUUUCCCAAGAAAUUUGUUUCCUGGGUUAGUUCCUGGAAGCAGCAGCACAGAUUACAUAAUGCUGGUCCUUGGAGACAUGGCUGUUCCAGGUAUGCUUCUAGCUUUGGCACUAUGUUUCAAUCACAGAAAGAGUAGAGACAUGGCAUGUAUGUCAGAAUUAUCCUCAUCAAAGCAGCACAAAUACAUAUGGUAUGCGCUAUUUGGGUAUGUGGUUGGACUGAUCACUGCUUUAGCUGCUGGAGUUUUAACUCAAUCCCCCCAGCCUGCUCUUCUUUACUUGAUACCAUCUACUUUGGGGCCUCUUGUUUUCCAUUCUUGGGCAAGAAAUGAACUAAGCGAACUGUGGCAUGGAGGCAGUCCAGCUCCGAGUGAGAAAGCUGGCAUGCUGAACUGCUGCACUCUUCUGAGCGGUAGAAAUGUUAUAUAUGAGUUGUUGUUUAUGCUUGAGAAGUUAUAUAAAAUCUAGUAUAUUUAAUGCCAUGCAUUCAGGUCUUCUUUUCGUUAGUAGUAAAGUCAAUUUGUUUUCUCUUAUAGUUGAACAUUUUGUGUGUAGUUGCAGAGUUUCCAGAAUCGACAAUUUGUACCUUAUCAAGUGGUGUUUUUGUUUAGUCUGUCCUUUUUGAUGAAAUAUGUUAUGGUAUGUUACCGAUGAUGUAUUCGUGGAUCUUUUAAGUGAUUCACUGUUUAUGUUUGA